AUGAGCGUAUCUAAUGCUACCACCAAGGCGCUGAUACCCAGCAACAGACACAGUAAUAUGCAACCUUUAAACGGCCCUUUUCAGAGCCGUUCAACGCAGAUAUUAGGACCAUGCCUUAGGGUAUGUCACCUAAAUAUUGAAGGUAUUUCGUCAGCUAAGAUUGAAAUACUAUCUCAACUUAUGAGAGAGGAAAAAGUUGAUGUAAUUGCCCUCCAGGAAACGCAUACAUUAGCUGAAGCCGACCUCCACAAAAGAGGACAAAUAGCAGGCUACAAUUUUAUUGNUUUUCAGAGCCAUUCAACGCAGAUAUUAGGACCGUGCCUUAGGGUAUGUCACUUAAAUAUUGAAGGUAUUUCGUCAGCUAAGAGUGAAAUUCUAUCUAAACUUAUGAGAGAGGAAAAAGUUGAUGUUAUUGCACUCCAGGAAACGCAUACGUUAGAUGAAGCCGACCUCCACAAAAGAGGACAAAUAGCUGGUUACAAUUUGAUUGGAGCCAUACACCAUAAACAGUACGGAGUUGCAACCUACCUUAACUCACGCAUCAGCCAUGCGAGAACAAUAGUACAAGAGAUAGUGGAAGAGGUAUUUAUCUUGACAGUAAAUGUGAGUGGAGUAAAUAUAGUAAAUGUGUACAAGCCACCCAAUACAUUAUGGAAUAACCCACCAUUGCGCGUUCUAGANAAAAGAGGACAAAUAGCUUGUUACAAUUUUAUUGGAGCCAUACACCAUAAACAGUACGGUGUUGCAACCUACCAUAACUCACGCAUCAGCCAUGCAAGAACAAUAGUACAAGAGAUAGUGGAAGAGGUAUUUAUCUUGACAGUAAAUGUGAGUGGAGUAUAUAUAGUAAAUGUGUACAAACCACAAAGUACAUUAUGGAAUAACCCACCAUUGCGCGUUCUAGAUCAUCCAUCAAUGUAUAUUGGUGACUUUUAUAGCCAUAGCUUACAUUGGGGCUACGAUGAUGACGAUGACAACGGAGUAAUACUAUUUGACUGGCUUUCCACAAAUGACAUGGAGUUAAUGUAUAGCGCUAAGGAUAAGGGGACUUUCCACUCAGCCAAAUGGGGCAAGGACUAUUCACCGGACUUGAGAAUUAUCUUGAGAUUAUCUCUAAAUGACAACACUAUGUGCACCCGAAAAGUACUGAAUGACUUCCCACAUAGCCAACACCGCUCAGUGCUCUUGGAAUAUGGUCUCCAAAUCCCAACAGUGCACUCCAUCCCGAAACCAAGGUGGAAUUUCCAAAAGGCUGAUUGGGACGCAUUUGCUAAAGAAUUAGACCACAUAGUGCAAUAUAUUCCUCCAGUUUCCAUCAACUAUGAGCGCUUCGUUAAGACUAUUAAGUCAGUAGCAAAGAAACAUAUUCCUCGGGGUUUUAGAAAAUCAUAUAUCGCAACUUGGGACAAAGAUUGUAGCGACCUAUUUGGAGAAUUCCAGAUAUCAAAUGAGCAAAGUAUUGCAGACGAGCUAAUAAGAACAUUAAACAUAAAUAGACGCAAGAAGUGGCAAGAAACUUCUGCUAGCUUAAACUUCACACACUCCAGUAAGACAACAUGGCACUUAGUAAAGAGACUAGGUGCGAAGACCUCGAAGACAAGCCUAUCUGACAAA